UACCAUGGAAAAGUGUGAAAAGGUUGAAAGGUUCACAAGCUGUAGAGGCGUGGCCUUUGAAAUCAAAUCUCACUCGAACCUAUUUGCAAUCACCACUCCUCCCAUACAAAGUGAUGAUCAAACCCGACAUAUCUUGAUGAAAUCAUCAUGGUUCCCUUGGCGCACCUCUUCCAGGGUUCUUCCCACCGUCUCCAACAGUUUAAGAAGGUCUGUCAGCAGGCCUAGCAGCCAUUUCUGCGAUCUUGAUCAUGAUGAAGACGAGUACGAUGAUGAAGAAGAAGAGUUGGACCACGAUCAUCAUGUCAUGAAUACUGUCUUGGAAGAUGGCCUUAUUAAAGAUCAUCAACUCGAAACAAAACUCUCGAGAAGCAAGCGCGAAAAGCCUAAGAACUCGAGACUUUCCAUUAUUUUGCUAGACCAAGGUCUUUUCACCGUUUAUAAACGUCUCUUCCUCGUCUCCUUGAUCAUCAACAUCGUUGGUCUAGUCCUCGCAGCCACCGGCCACUUUCCCUACGCUAGACAACGAGCUACUUUGUUCUCCAUAGGAAACAUUCUCGCGCUAACUCUAUGUAGAAGCGAGGUCUUCCUUCGAGUCGUCUUCUGGCUCGCGGUGAAACUCUUUGGGCAUUCGUGGGUGCCACUUAGAAUCAAAACCGCCAUAACCUCGCUUCUACAAUCUAUCGGUGGUAUUCACAGCGGAUGCGGAGUCUCAUCUAUAGCAUGGCUCGUCUACUCUUUGAUUCUCACGUUGAACGAUAGACAAAACACGUCCAGUGGAAUUAUCGUGGUGGCCUCCAUCAUUCUUUCACUUCUAUGCCUGUCGUCUUUAGCCGCAUUCCCUCUAGUUCGUCACCUUCACCAUAACGUGUUCGAGAGAACGCACCGCUUUGCAGGAUGGACUGCUCUGUUUCUCCUCUGGCUCUUCAUCGUCCUCACUACUUCUUACGACCAACAAACCAAAUCCUACGCGAAUCAUAUAGGUUCCAGGUUGUUAAAGAAACAGGAGUUCUGGCUAACGACGGUUAUUUCCGUUCUGAUAAUAACUCCCUGGAUUACGGUAAGACGUGUUCCUGUACAAGUCUCGUCCGCCUCCGGGCACGCUUCCAUCAUAAAGUUUGAAGGAGGCGUGAAGGCGGGGAUUCUCGGCAGGAUCAGCCCAUCCCCGCUUUCCGAAUGGCACGCAUUCGGAAUAAUCUCGGAUGGGAAGACCGGCCACAUGAUGCUGGCAGGGGCGGUCGGGGAUUUCACCAAGUCCUUAGUCGCGGACCUUCCUACGCACCUGUGGGUUAGGAAAGUGCAUUUCGCGGGGCUGCCGUAUCUAACGAACAUGUACGAUCGCGUUCUGUUGGUGGCGACGGGAUCUGGGAUUUGCGUGUUCUUAUCGUUCCUGUUGCAGGAAAGUAAGGCGGAGGUGUGUUUACUGUGGGUGACGAAAGGAGUGGAGGAGAACUUCGGGAGGGAGGUGAAGGAGAUGGUGAGUGGGUGGCCGGAAGGGAAGGUGAUAGUGCAUGAUACGGCGGCGAUGGGGCGGCCGGAUGUGUCGAAGAUGAGCGUGGAGGCGGCGAGGAAGUGGGGGGCGGAGGUGGUUUUAGUUACAAGCAAUCCUCAAGGGAGUAGGGAUGUUGUCAAUGCUUGCAAGGCAUCCGGAAUACCUGCCUUUGGUCCAGUCUGGGACUCAUAAAU